AUUGAGGAACCUAGUGAGGAAUAUUUCCCCACACAGCAGUUGGAUGCAGUGAACAAGAGAGCGCCGCAGCUGAGUUUAAGGACUGAUAACUUAAAGUGAAAUCGCUGUGCGCCGAAAUUACCUUGGAAAUCCUGCCAAGCCUACAAGCUACCCCUGGGUGGGGUCUCCUGUCAUCCGGAAACAGAGUUGACACUUGGUUCAAUAAAUUAUGAGGCGAUUCUACUGAUUCACCGCCGUUCAUUGACAAGCAGGCCACGAAUAUGGCGCGACCAAUUAUUCCUAGCCAGCAGAAGCUGGCUGAGAAACUGGCUAUAUUGAACGACAGAGGCACCGGUAUGCUUACUCGUAUUUACAACAUAAAAAAAGCAUGCGGCGAUGCCAAAUCCAAGCCUGCGUUUCUGUCCGACAAAACGUUGGAGUCUGCGAUUAAAUACAUAAUCCGAAGAUUUCCCAAUAUCGACAUCAAGGGACUGGCUGCGAUAACGAACCUUCGCACCGAGAUUAUCAAGUCUCUGUCCCUCUACUACUACACCUUUGUUGACCUUCUUGACUUCAAGGACAACGUCUGUGAACUGCUGACUACGAUGGACGCUUGCGGAGUUCACAUGGACAUAACGAUAAAUUUUGACGUGACAAAGGGCUACCUGGACCUGGUAAUCACCUAUGUAAGCCUGAUGAUACUUCUGUCCAGAGUCGAGGAUCGAAAAGCUGUUUUAGGCCUGUUCAACGCGGCCCACGAAAUGGUCCACAGCCAGUCAGAUCCCAGCUUUCCGAGACUAGGCCAGAUGAUCAUGGACUACGAUGCGCCGCUCAAGAAAUUGUCCGAAGAGUUUGUGCCGCAUGGUAAAUUACUGAUAAAUGCGCUGAUGUCGCUGUGGCCAAUUUACCCUGGAAGAAAUUUAUCGGCAGACACAUGGAGAGCCGACAAGAAACUUAGCCUCGUCGGUAGUCCAGGACAGCUGCUUAAAGCUGCCGUUACGGACACGAUGUCCUGUGAAACGUUGAGCUUAGAUAGAUUAGAAAGAUGGGUUGUCCUCGGUUUCACUCUUUGUCACACGGUCCUCAACCAGGAGCAACCCAGUAAACUGUGGACCACCGCCCUCGAAUCAGGAUGGGUUUUAGCUCUGUUUAGAGACGAAGUCAUAUAUAUUCACCAAUACAUUCAGUCGUUUUUUGAAAGCAUGAAAGGGUACAGCAAGAGAGUAUCUGAAGUGAAGGACUGCUACAGUCAAGCCAUUCAGAAAGCUGGACACAGGCAUCGAGAAAGGCGAAAAUUUUUGAGAACAGCCCUGAAGGAGUUGGGGCUGAUAUUGUCCGAUCAUCCAGGGCUCUUGGGCCCAAAAGCUCUGCUAGUGUUCAUGGGAUUAUCUCAUGCCCGAGACGAGGUGCUGUGGCUCUUGAGACACGGUGACAAUCCACCUAUUCAGGGAAAAGGAAAGGGUCGUGGAGGCGACGACCUCGUCGACAGGCAGCUCCCUGAACUCUUGUUUCACUGCGAGGAAUUGCGCGCUCUUGUUAGAAAGUAUUCCCAAGUCCUGCAACGAUAUUACGUCCAAUUUUUGGCUGGAUUUGACGCACCAGCUCUGCAUCAAAUGAUACAAAAUUUGCCUGUGUGUCCUGAGGAUGAAGGAGCCAUUCUGAGCGACAUGUGCUCUUCAAUUGCGAGUUUAACAGUAAAACAGGUCGAGGAUAACGAGUUGUUUGAUUUUCGUGCAUUCAGGCUUGACUGGUUUAGAUUGCAGGCUUAUAUGUCGGUUGCAAAGUGCAAUAUGAAUCUCGCGGAUAACAGGGAAUUGGCUUCGUUUAUGGACGGUAUUAUUUUUCACACCAAAAUGGUUGACAAUUUAGAUGAGAUGUUGGUGGAAACUUCCGAUCUCUCGAUAUUUUGCUUUUACAGCAAGAUAUUCGAAGAUCAAUUUCACAUGUGUUUAGAAUUUCCUGCCCAGAAUCGAUACAUUGUUGCUUUUCCAUUGAUGUGUAGCCAUUUUCAAAGCUGUACGCAUGAACUUUGCCCCGAAGAACGUCAUCAUAUCAGAGAAAGAAGUCUGUCUGUUGUUAACAUGUUUUUGGACGAAAUGGCCAAAGAGGCUAAAAAUAUAAUAACCAUAAUUUGCGACGAGCAGUGUACAAUGUCAGAUAAGCUUCUGCCUAAGCACUGUGCAGCGCAAAUAUCUCAAGUAGUGAAUCGCAAGAAAAAAGAUAAGAACAAGAAAAAUAUGUACGAGAUUCAUAAACCCGGUAUUGAAAGCUACAGAAAAACGCGAGAAGACCUUACGACAAUGGACAAACUUCACAUGGCUCUAACAGAAUUGUGUUUCGCAAUAAAUUCUUGCCCCACCAUCAAUGUGUGGGAAUAUACAUUUGCUCCUAGGGAGUACUUACAUCAACACUUGGAAACACGAUUCGCCAAAGCUUUAGUUGGUAUGGUGAUGUUCAAUCCGGAUACUAGCGUCAUUGCUAAACCAUCAGAGUUAUUUGUCAGCGUUAGAGCUUACAUGAAUGUAUUGCAAACUGUCGAAAACUACGUUCACAUCGAUAUAACUAGAGUUUUUAAUAAUGCUUUGUUGCAACAAACUCAACAGCUCGAUAGCCACGGGGACAAAACUAUAGCUUCGUUGUACAUGCAAUGGUACUCCGAAGUGUUGUUGAGACGAGUAAGCGCAGGGAACAUUUGCUAUUCAGGAAAUCAAAGAGCAUUCGUCAGCCUCACAGCCGAGAGUGCGAUUCCCUUCAACGCUGAGGAAUUUUCUGAUAUCAACGAACUCAGGGCUCUCGCCGAACUGAUUGGACCUUAUGGUAUGAAAAUGUUGAAUGAAACACUGAUGUGGCACAUCGCGAGUCAGGUGCAAGAACUGAAAAAAUUAGUAGCUGGUAAUAAGGACGUCUUAGUUGCAUUGAGAACGAAUUUUGAUAAGCCUGAAGUGAUGAAGGAACAAUUCAAAAGGCUACAGCAAGUCGACAAUGUUCUCCAAAGGGUUACAAUAGUUGGGGUGAUUUUGAGCUUCAGACAAUUAGCCCAGGCAGCUUUGGUCGACGUUUUGGAGGAGCGGAUUCCAUUUUUGCUCAGCUCUAUAUUAGACUUUCGGCACCACUUGCCUUCGGGCGAUCCGAUGAGGAUUGUUUCUGAAAUGACAUCUGCUGCGGGGCUAACGUGCAAAGUUGAUCCAACCCUAGCAGCAGCUUUGAGGAGUCAAAAAGCUGAAGCAGAUGAGGACGAGCAUCUUUUAGUCUGUUUGUUAAUGGUAUUCGUCGCUGUUUCCAUUCCGAAAUUAGCUCGCAACGAAAACUCGUUCUAUAGGGCUUCAUUGGAGGGGCAUUCUAACAAUAUACAUUGCAUGGCCACUGCCAUAAACAAUAUAUUCGGUGCACUGUUCACGAUAUGUGGUCAAAACGACAUUGAAGACAGAAUGAAGGAGUUCUUGGCACUGGCAUCAUCCAGUCUUUUGAGAUUAGGACAGGAGGCAGACAAAGAGGCAACAAAGAAUAGAGAAUCUGUGUACCUUCUCCUCGAUCAGAUCGUUCAAGAAUCACCCUUUCUAACCAUGGAUUUAUUGGAGAGCUGUUUCCCAUAUGCGUUAAUACGUAAUGCUUAUCACGAUGUGUAUAAAAUGGGCCAAGCACAGCAAUAACGAU